AUGGAAGCUAUUGUUAUAUCAAAAUUCGGAGGCCCUGAUGUUCUCCAGAUCCAGCAGGUGCCUAAGCCAGAGCCUGUUGCCGGGGAAGUGCUCGUGGAAGUUUUCGCCUUUGGCGUAAACCAUGCCGAAAUGCACAUGCGCAAAGGCGAAUGGGAUGAAUGGAACCCAAUUUCUGGGUUAGAAUGUGUUGGAGUUGUCGCAGCCUGCCCCGGCGGCGAGAUCUCGAUCGGCACCAAAGUUGUCGGAGUAAUGGGAGGCAUGGGUAGGAAUCGCCCUGGAGGAUAUGGAUCAUUCGUAAAUGUUCCACUUGCAAACGUCGUUCCAGUCAAGACAGAGCUUCCCUGGGAGCAACUUGCUGUUGUUCCAGAAGUCUACUCAACAGCAUAUUCUUGUCUGUUCACGGUUCUCGAUUUGAAGCCCGGCGAAUCACUUCUUAUCCGCGGAUCAACCUCUACUAUCGGUCAAGCAGCUCUUCAUUUGGCUGUUGACGCCGGUGCUCGGGUUACAGCGACGACGAGACGAAAGGAGAGGUUCGACUUUGUGAAGACAAUGGGCGCCGUUGAUGCCAAACUAGAGCACGAGGGCCUCCAGUCGGAAUUCCCCAGCGGCUUUAGAUUUGAUAAGGUUCUGAACUUGAUCGGCAACAGAGUUUUACUGGAGUCUAUUUCCUUGGCUCGGCCUGGUGGGCGCAUGCUUCAAGCUGGGUGGCUCGGUGGAUUAGAUCCCGUGGUUGAUUUCAACCCUAUGGUUCAGAUGGACUCGGGGGUGCACUUUAGCUUAUUUCACAGCAAAGUGUUGGGCACUCCUGACUUUCCCAUGUCCGGCAUUCCCCUUCAGGAUAUUGUCAGCAAGAUUGAGAAGGGAGCCUGGGAUGCAAAACCCGCAUUUGUUUUCGAGUAUAAGGACAUUCAAAAGGCGCAUGAAAUGCUAGAUUCACAUAAUGCAGGUGGAAAGAUAGUUGUCAAACAUUAA